GCAGAGUAUAAAAUAUAAACAGUAUUUAUUGCAGCCUUAGUUUUACACAAGAUGUUACAUUGACAAUAAUUUUGUUAAUUUUCAAAGGCUUUUGGACAUUUAAAAACUCCGACGGAAAAUGGCUUGGCGAGGGCGAUAUAUUUUAUUGAUCUUCGAUUGUAUGUUAGUGGUGGGGAUAUACUUUUGCACGGAUAUUCCAAGUGCUCUGCAAACACAGAUUGAGUCGCCGCCAAGCGACAACUGCACAGACGAGGGCUCUGCAAACAGCACGUGCUGUAUUGAUUGCCUUGGACUAGGAGCUACCCAAUACAAUUUAUUAUACACAGUGUACUCAUGGACAAGCUCUGUGAUGAUACUUCCGGUUGGUUUUGUUAUUGACCGCAUGGGCAACAGACUUUCUGCUGUUUUAUUUACCGCCAUUGCUACCAGCGGUUCUCUCUUGUUUGCGAUUGGUUCAGUUCCUGGCAUUCGGAAUACUUCAAUCAUGUUUCCUUUAAUGAUGAUUGGUCGACUGUUCAUUGGGGCGGGCACUGGUUCCUCCAGAAUUGUUCGAGACCGUGUGAUAGCAAGUUGGUUUCCGGAUAGACUUGCUCUAGCGUUUGGCAUUGCUGUGUCUACCAUGGGCCUUGGGAGUGUCCUAACCUUUUUGUUAACAUCAAAUAUAGCAAGAUGGAUAGGCUUAGGACCGACGCUUUUUGUUGGUGCUGGUGUAUGUAGCACAUGUUUUAUAUCAGCAUUGUGUCUUGCUUAUCUCGACUGGUAUGGGACAAAGCAUCACAGUGAUACUAAAGUCACAAUUAGACAAAUUUCAGCAGCGAAUAUAACAACAAUUCAAAAGUUGCCACGUUCAUUUUGGUUGAUUAGUAUCAUGAUAGCUACAUACUACAGUUUUCAACUACCGUUUACUGCUAACGGAAGCAAGUUUAUACGUGAGAAGUUUGGGUACGUGAGAACCGACUCUUCAUACAUAAAUGGCGUCGUCUAUGACGUGUCCGUAGUCAUUUCUCCAUUCGUCGGUCUUCUGCUUGAUAAAAUUGGGAACCGCGGUUGGGUAGCAUUCCUAGCAGCCAUGUUAACCAUCCCCAUGGGACCGAUACUUCUGUAUACAGACUUACCUCCACUUCCGGUCUAUAUAUGGAUAGGUGUCAUGUUUACAGCUACUGUUGUUGCUUUAUGGUCUGCUAUUCCUCAUGUUGUCCCCCAUUCAUCAGUAGGGACAGCCAAUGGAAUCGCAUCUUGCAUGCUCGAUUUAACAGUUGGAAGUACCAAUCUUGCCGUUGGUCGAUUAUUGUCAAAAGGAGAAAGCUCAGAAAACGGGGUAAAUGACAACUGGGCUUACGUUUUCCUCCUAAUGUUCGGGUUCGCUACCGUGUGUGCUGUUUGUGGUGUAUUUGUUAACACCAUUUGCAAAGGAAAGACAAAUAAAGUAAACAGAAAACAUCUUGUUGUACGUGAAAAAAGCAAGGAUAUGGUGGAAAAACCAAAGGAAGUCGAAGAACAACAUUCUGAAGAUGUUUAUUCUAUAUUCAAAGACAUAAUCAUUGAAAAUGAGUCAUCGGAUAUGUGGCGAAAAUAUUCGAGCAGGUCAAAAUCACCACACGGAGACGAAACUGCUAAAGAACAAAAAUAUUUCCGUAUAGACCUUGACAGUGACAGUGGUAUAGAUAUAACGAUAACGUUAACGGAAAAGGAAAGUGCUAUUGCAGACGAAAAUAAGUUAAAUCAUUACAUAAAAUUGUUAGAUGAGGUGUACAAACACGUAACAACUAUCUCUGUCGAAAAUGGUUAUACUGACCGGAAUGAAAUUCACAGAUCAAUAUGA